GCAUCCAUUGUAGAUGCCCGGACAUUCGAACUUAUCGCUAUUGGUUGAAUGACACGUUUAAAAUGGCAGGUACUUUAUUCGUCAAAACUGUGCUAGUGUGGCACUCGUAAUGGCAGCCAAGCGUAAACGAGGAAUCGCUCAGUCAGUCACCUCUACAAGCGCGCGGAAGCGUACAAGAGUGCAGAAGAACGACCUUUCGAGCCCAACUCCGCACGACCAGAUCGAGGGCGAACCCGUUUACAGAGCCCGCUCGAUCAUAGACGAGAACAAGACUUACUACAAGAUCGACUGGGAAGACGAUCCCAUCACUGGAGAGCGGUACGAUCCGACCUGGGAACCAAAAGCGAACGCAAAUCAAGCCUUGAGGGACGAUUGGCACCAACAGAAAAAGUCCAAGAGGAAGCGGGACUCCAAUUCCCCUGAAGGUACGUGUUUCGUGUAUUCCGCAGAUUCGCAAUUCCUGCAAAAAUGAAGUUGCUGCUUUACACUGGGCUGAGAUCGCACCAGCUGAGGCCAAGACUAAAGUCUCGCGACAAGUUGUAGCGAAGCCUAGAACCGAUCCCGCAAAAUCCGACGAUCCGACUCCAUCCGUUUAUUCCAGGAAAGAUCGCGUCCGGCCACGGCGGG